AUUCUCUGGAAACGAGAUAACAGAGCAAAAGUUGAAGAAACAGAGCAAAAACAGAGUAACAGAGAACAGGGGCGACCUGAGUGAUCACCUACAACACAGGGAAAUGGCAAGAAGAUUAAACAUGGUUUUUCUUUUGGUAGCAGCAGCUUUGCUACAGAGCGCUGCGGCGCAGACGGCGUAUGUGGUGGGUGACGCUUUGGGAUGGACCGUCCCUCCUACUGCUGACACGUACAGCAACUGGGCAGCCAACAAGACCUUCGGCGUAGGCGACAUUCUUGUCUUUAACUUCGUAACAAACAACCACGACGUAGCCAGAGUCAACAAGGCGAAUUACGAUUCCUGUAGUUCUGCUAGCCCCAUUUCCCGCCAAACCACCGGUCCGGCGAAUAUUACCAUCGGUGAGACUGGGGAGCAUUACUAUAUCUGUACAGUCACCGGUCACUGUUCCGGCGGUCAGAAGUUGGCAAUCAAUGUCACAGCAGCUCUUUCUCCAGCUCCUCAGCCUAGCGCUCCUUCACCGGCCACUCCUCCUUCCACCGCCACCCCACCAUCCACCGCCACUCCUCCUUCCACCGCCACCCCACCAUCCACCGCCACCCCACCAUCCACCGCCACCCCACCAUCCACAGCCACCCCACCAUCCACCGCCACUCCUCCUUCCACCGCCACACCUCCGUCGACCGCCACCCCACCAUCCUCCAGCACCAGUCCUCCAUCGCCCACCAUUGCUACACCUCCAAGCUCAGGCACCCCUCCUUCAACGCCGUCUCCUACAACAUCUCCCCCUCCACCUUCAGGCGCUACAUCCCUGGGUGUUACAGGCUUCUGCGCCACCUCCUUGUCGAUUGUCAUAGCCUUGUUGUUCUAGAUAUAGAUAUAGGAUGGUAGAGAAUUCGUGCAAUUCAUUUUACACAUGUUAUUUUUAUUAAACUGAUUGAGUUUUUUUAUAUUACAAUAAAGCUGAUUUUCAUAUUUCAGCUAUGGUUGGUUGGUUUUUGCUA